AUGUCGUAUUGUAGUAGAGUGGCUGUCAUUCAUUCAUUUAUUCAUUCAUUCAUUCAUUCCAUUAUUACAUUCGUUCAAUUAUCCAUUGUAAGCUUAAUUUAUUGGUCUUUACUGACAUUUAUUCAUUCUUUCUUUGAGCAAGUCCUCUGUUCAUUGAUAGAAUGA